GUACUUUUUUGAGAUUUCGAUUCUAACCCAGAAAUCCCAGAAUUUCGUGCUUUUAUAAAACUAAAGUGAACUCAGUUGAAGCAAUCAUGACCUAAAAAGUUUUUUCAAUUCUCUAAUAGUAACUGUGAAGUUGAAAAUGAAUCAUCCACUGAAUAUGCCAAUCAGUAAUGAAACGCAGGAAUUCAGCUUGUUAGAUAAGAAGCCUCUUGUCACCUAUGCUGGAGAUGUAGAUUUAUUCAAAAGCUUGGAGACCACUUUAGCAAAUUCUCUUUCAUCCGAACCAGCAGAAUGGUGCAGGUCGUACAAUCGAGGCAGUAAAUCGGUGAAAGUGACAGCAGAAUUCACGCCAUUCCAAAAUGAUUGCCUGCCCAAAGAAGGUGACUGGCGGCUUCUUCAGCAACCUGUUUUUCACACUUUUUGGACCCAAUGCUCGGAUAUGGAAAUGUACAAGGCCAGCCUACGAGAGGAAAUAGAGUCUUGGCUAAAAGUCCUUAGUCAUCAUAACGUCUUGGACUGGAUGAUAGUUCUCGUGGAAACUUAUGAUUUUCGAAAGCACAAUAAAUUGCUCCCACGCACCACUGUCCUAGAUAAAAUCAAGAAUGAUUUUGGAGCUAAGCAUGCAGAUAGAUGUUUGUCUGUGAUCAAUCCGCUUCGAUCAGAGAUGAGAUCUGGUGGCUCAUGGCGUAGACUUGUAGUCAAUUUCAGGUUGCUUCUCUUGUCUGCUUAUGAUAGACUCCUUUGGAAUUUUGAAGAAAAAGUGAGGUCACAACGAGAACGGAGAACAGAACCUGAUUGGAAUUUUUGUAAAUACUUUCUUCUUCAGGAAGAGCUUGCAUUUGUUUUAGCAAUGUUGGGUGUUUACGAUGAAGCGUUAGUCCAGUAUGAUGAGCUGGAUGCUCUUUUUACUCAGUUUGUCUUAAAUUAUGCAGUAGGAGAGGUUCCAUCAUGGUUAAAUAAGUUUCAAGGGCCCCUUGACAGGUGGCAUGGAGUUUCUCUGACUCAAUCGGUAGAUUUGAACCUUCGAUCUGCCAUCCGAAAUUGUUCCAUUUCGUUGCUUGACUUUCGCUGUUAUCUGUAUUCCAGACAAGCUGCCAUGCUUCUCCUUUCUGGUAAACCAUGGGAGGUUGCAUCAAGGUGUAUCAGUUUUUGCAACAACUGCAUAAAUGAAUUAGACAUAUUAGAAGUAUCCUGCCCUCCAGGUGCUGUUGCAUGUUGGGUUUGGCUAUGCUGCAUUGAGGUCCUCAACACGUGCCAAAAAUACACUGAUUCCAAAGUUGUUUCAGCAUGCUCUCUGUACACUGCCAGACUCUGGGAUUGUGCCACGAAAAAGUUGUUGGAAUUGGGAGAAUUAUGCGGGCUACUCCCUGAUCAAGAGAAGUCCAGCGCAAACUUACACGCUGUUGUGAUGCUGUCUGCUGGUAUAGCUGAUUCUGAUCCCAGUGAGAAACUGAAACACGCCUUAUCAUCGAAAGAUGCAUUUACCAAAGAAUACUUAGAAUUAGCAGAGCUUGCAAUGGGAACGUACAAACAUAUUGGAAGAAUUCGGUCAGCCCGAAUGAUUGGCCUAGAUCUCGCUUCAUUUUAUAUUUCAAUGAAAGAUCUCACAAAAGCAGUCAGUUUCCUCUCAAGUGCCUUACGAACCUAUGAAGAAGAUAAUUGGCCUCUCCUGGCCCUUCAGUGUCAGCUAAAACUUGCAAAAUGUUACAAAGAAAUGGAUGACCUAGAGAAGUUUGCCCGAAUGUGUGCCUCUAUUGCCAGCUCACCGUGCUUGGAUCUGACCACGAGGACUCACUAUUUCGAUCAAAUGACUAGUUUAAUUUAUAAUACAACAGAUGCACCAUGGCGAUUUCCGCUAUCAGACUGCAUUCAAAUUAUCAGUGCAGAGGUUGUCACCCUGGAAGAAAAUCUAGCAGUUGAAGCAAUUUUAGAACUAGAUUGUCGUUUGCCAAGUCAGUUUAUCGUCAAAAGUAUAGCUGUCUCUGUUGAACAACUUAAAACUCAGCCAGAUAACCGUGGGAAACGAAACAGUCUCAUUCCACAAGAAAAUCAUGCCCGCUCCUGUUGUGAGGAAAAUGCAUUCCUUAUGAAAUUACCGAUUCAAGAAAGUUUUGAAUAUCAACAAGAUGGUAGUUUAGGCAGUGUUUCCGUAGUCUGUAAAAAUCAGAAGCACCAUUUGAAACGCCAAGACUCUCAAGGUGGACGAAACAAAAGGCUAGUUAGCGUGCCAAAAGGUGAUUUCUCUCAGUCGCUCAUUUUAAAAGAUCCAGAAUUGAAACCAGGCAGGAACAGACUAGUCUUAAAGUCCAAAAUAAAUUGUUCAGGUACAUUCCGACUUGGUCAGGUGUGCGUUGAAGUUAAUAAUAGACUUGAAUUAUUAUCCACGACAAUAAGUCCUCGUUUAUAUUUUACUGCCAUUUGGAAAUCGCCAUCUGUAAAUCUAGAAAAAAGCUCUGAAGGCUCACUUCUUGUUGGAGUUGAAGAGAGAGUGAAACUAGUUGUGUCAACUAAUAGUCAAAUAUUGCCAGAAAAUUCACAUGUCCAAGUGAUUUGCUCAGGUGGGCUAUUAAUCAAAGCUGAUGACGACAGCAAAAGUGACUUCCAAAAAGAAAUCACUUUACCGGUAAAAAGUUGCAAACCUCAUGAAAAUCUUACAAUUCCAGUCACACUUCUUUCACAGAUGGUUCAGCAAAAAGAUGCAUCUCUCACUGCUGACCACACAAUUUGUGUGAUUUUACCCUCCUGUGAUAAGCCCAUUGAAAUUCCAACCUCUUUUCACUAUCCAUUCAUUCAUAGCAUAUCCUUACAAUCGGCAGCUCUACGCAAAUUCAUCAAUGUUCUCAUCACUUCAUACACGACUUUCCCAAUCAAGUUCAGCAACCCACAAUUAAAAAUAACGAAUGACAUUUCAUCAACAUACCAGGUCAGCCUCACAUCAUUAAACCCCAGCUCAGAGCAGACCCUGUGCAAUCGUACAAAUGGCCGCAAAAUUAUCACAUUUGUAUGGGAGUUAAAAGUAGUUGCGUCAGAACCAUUAAGUGAAGCUCUGGCCCCUAGUCUUCAAACACAAUUCAGCAUUGAUUAUUGUGUGCAAAAUGAAGAAAAUGCAGAGAGCACUAAGAAACCGCUGAACUUAAACUUUGAGGUUUCUAACUACCGGACUCUGUUUGAAGUUGAAUUGAAAGUUGAGCCAAAACCACUAAAAGCAAAUGAGUCAAGCGAAAGCCGUGCCAGUGAGUUUUGUCGAGCUAAAACUGUUUGUCAACUAACAGUUAGCGUCAUGCGCGCUGCCUCAUGUACCUGCUCAUCCCUUCACUACGAGGUUCUGGCUGAUCAAGCAUUUUGGGCAGUCUGUGGAGAAAGGAGAGCUGGCUAUUUGUCAUUGGAAUCAAGUGAUAAGUUUUCUGUCACAGUAGAUGUAAUGCCAUUAACCAGUGGGUUCCUUCCGCUCCCAAUAGUUAGGUUAUCAAAAUAUGUCGGAGAUAAUGCUGCCAGGGAUCCAAGGUGGCGAGUGGAACCAUUUAGCCGUGGAGAGGUUUAUUAUAGAAACAAAGCAUCUCAAGUUCAUGUUCUGGUGCCCAUCAGCUGACAUCAAACUUCUACCAACUCACCAGUGUCAUGAUAGGAGACAUAGGCCGUGUAGCAUCAAUUUGAACAACGCCACGGAAGGACAAAACCAUCGAGCCUGUCGAAACUGCUGAUGUUGAAAAUUCUCAAGGUAGAAUAAAAGACUAUUAAAAUUCUAACUACACAACGUAAUUAUCAUAUUUCUCCAAUUUUUUCUCAUUACAUCUAUUUUAAAAUAUAUAUUUUCGCUCUUGUCACUUGUUACAAUUCAAAUAAUUUAUUGAAAUAUUCAAGAUACUCAUCUCGAUUAGAAAAGAAAAAACGAAUCAACUUACUGUCACCUCUUAUGUGAAAAACCUGCUAACCUCUAGUUAGACAGGAUAUCUUUGAGCAAGUUUGUGAUUAUACCAAGUAGUAUUAGUGUAUGUAAUUGUUACUAAAUUCAUUCUGAAUGAUGCUCAAUUUUUACAUUUCAUGUGUAUUACGCUUAUAUAGUCAUGUUCCUGUAUACAUAUAUGUAUAUACAUGUGUAAAUAUUGUAAGAAUUGUUUAGAGAUUGCAAUUUCUUCUCAAACAAGCAGGUUUUGUUUAAAUGGGAUUCUCUAGGUAUAGAGAAGGAGUUCCUGUAGGAAGAUACCUUCUCAGAUCUGCUGUAAAGCAGAUCUUCAGCAUCUUUCAGUUGUUCAGCUUACCUCCAUUUAUCCGACUCCUAUCUCUAUAAAAUUCUUAUCAACUGAGGGUACGACCUGAGUUCUCUUCAGAGUGCAAUUUCUUUCAAAUUAUCAUUGAUUUUCCCCUCAGAAGACUCAAGCUUUGGAUGUAUCUAAACCAAAUGAAACCAUCUCCAUCAUGAGUUGAGUUCUGAGACUUGUAAGAAUACAUGCGUGACAGGGCGCAUGUCGAAAUGAAGGUAGCUUUUUUUGAUUGAUAUAAAUCCGUUUAAUGUACAGGAAAUUUUUCUCCAGAGCAUAACCAAUACUUGAAAAACACCGAUGUACUUUACUUGUUUGUUUUUUUUUCGCCUUACUUCAUUCUGAUACGAUCAUCAUUAAUCCAUUUACCGUCUCACUGGUAUGAAAAAAUUGAACAAUCCAAUAAUGAAGAAUUUUCGUCAGAGUACCUUUGGAACUGUAAGUUAUCCCAAUUUAUGCCUUC